AUAUUGUGAUUUGCAGCCUAUUUCACUGAACAUUCUCAACAUUGUUACUUAGUACUUAUAUCUGAAAAUAUCCAUGUAGUGUAUAGUUCACAAUUAGACUUACUUUUAUUAACAUUUUAAAAUGACUUAUUUACCAAACUAUUUGAUUUCACAAAUCUGACGUUGACAUUGACUGUCGAAAGUUUUAAGUUAUUAUGUAAUUAAUUUAGUCAUUGAUAUUUAAUCAACUAUUUUUAAGUAUUCAAUAGUUUGUAGGUCUAUGGACUAUGGUCCUGACUUCUGAACACGAUUUAAGUCUUAAGAUACUAUAUUAAAUAAUACUAUAAAAUAAAUACACUAAUCUACCUUGCAACCCGUCAAUUAUAAUUAUUUAAGAUUAAUUUAUAUUUUAUUCUGACUUCUGUGGCCUAGGCGUCCACUAAACAUUAUUUUAUAUAAAAUUACGUGGAUAUUAAAUUUAUAUUCAUAUUUGUAUACAAUAUUUAGAUAUUACAAUAAUUAGAGGUAUGGUUUUUUUGAGGCCAUAGAUUCGUGAUGACUGAUGACAAUUAUUAUUAACAUACAGCUAUACAAGUGAUUUAGUAAUUAGUAAUACAACAUAUUUUAACAAGUUACGACACAAUCUCGGCAUAAUAGUUAAUAUUGUAUUUUUAGUUAAAUGGUUAGUAAUUAUAUAAUUGUAAUUUGUGUUUUGUCACUCUUAAAGUAACGUAGUCUUGUACAACUCUACUACUCUAUUUAGUCUACAAUUUAUCUUAUAAUAUCUAUGGGCUAUGAUAACACUCAUUGUUAUUAAACAACACACAAUGAUAACAUCCGUAGAAACUAAAAAUUAAAAAACAAGUGUACAAUAAAAAUAUAAUGUAAUUAUUUUACUUUUGCCGAAGCAUACGAUUGCCACCCAAAUUAUAGAAAAUAUUUACAAUCUUUGUUAUAACGGAUAUAAUUUCUGUAUUUCCGUACUUUUCGAAUGUGUUAUGUGUUAUGUGUAUGAUAUCUUAAUUCGUGGUGUGAUCUGUUAUCGCAGUGUAACCAACAUCACAGAAUAAUCCUAAUAUGAAUAUUUCUUAACGGUUUUUUUUUAUUACCGAAGUACGGACGUCGGACACUCGGACAUAGAAGAUAGAAAAAAUUGUCACUUGUCACUAAUUGUCAGUACUCUUAUAAAAGAAACCAACCUACCAGUUUUAUAAAAUAGAUCAAAAUGAAAAAAUCUGCUAAAUUGCGAUUAAACACCAAGCCAAAAUUGAAUGAAAAAGUAGAAAAUAAAUUAAUUAAUGAAAUCUCAAGUAGAAUCAAGACAUUAAAUAAUACGUCAGACAAAGAAAAUUAUAAUUUUUCUGAUUCUAGUUUAGAAUUAUUCGAUACAUUCAAACCCAGAUCAAAAACAAAAAUUAAGUCUAAACAAAAAUUAAAUUAUAAUAUUAAUGUUGAUCACAUUGAUUUUCCAAAAGAAUCACCAAUAGAAACAAAAAAAAGUAUAAAUUUUGAUGUAUCAAUUCAUAGUAUCAGUUCUGGUUCAAAUGAUAGUUUCAAAUCAUUUGCAAGUUUACAUUCUAAUAAGUCUAUUCAAAAUAUUAAUUCAAAAGAUCACUCUUCUGGUACCGAAGACAGUUUUACUAAAAUUAAAUACAAGGAUGAUUCAAAAAAUAAUUUUGUUACACCAGUAAAAAAGCAUAUUAUUCAAAACAAUCAUCUCUCAGAAUCUGCUAAACUAUUAGAUCGCAUCUAUGGUAAAGAAUGGCGAUGUGUUGAUGGAGUUCUCCGAAAUUCAAAAACGAAGUAUUUAAAUGAUGAACUCAAUGGGGAUUAUAAUGAGUGUUAUAAUGAAAAUAUUUCAAACAAAAUUAAACCCUCAUCACCUUGUGAAUUUUCGAAAAAACAUCAAGAAUACAGUAUUCAAAAUAAAGUGGAUGACACUUCAAUAAUUUUAGAAAAGUUCAGUUUAUCCAGUGAUCAAAAUUAUUUAACUGAUCAGUUAGAUAUUAUUCAUCCUUCUGGAAGUCAAAUAAAUUAUAAGACUUCAAAACAUCGAACAAAUGAAAACCAACUGAAUAAUUUAAAAAUCAACAAAGAAAAAAUAUUCAAGGAAGAUAUUGAUAUAAAAAAAAAUGACACUCACAAAAAUCUACAAUCUGAAAUACCAAUCAAAUCUAAUUUAGAAGCAACACUUUCAUUUUUGAGUUCUCUAUCAUGUUUUACUGGGUCUAUGAAAUGUGAUCCCGAAGCUCAAAAGUACAAACUAAAGUUUAAAAAAAACAAAGAUAAUUUAGUGACAAUAUUGUUUAAAUUAUUCAACAAAGAAGUAUUUGACAAUAAGCUUCCUGCCGAUAUGAAUUUCAAAUGGAACGCACGGUUAAGGUCAACCGCUGGUGCAUGUUUCAAUAAACGUUCAGUGAAAAUAAACAAAAAUCUAGAAUGUGAAAGAGUAUCUCGAAUUGAACUUUCUUCUAAAAUUAUUGAUACAGCUGAAAGAUUAAGAGAUACAUUAAUUCAUGAACUUUGCCAUGCUGCUUGUUGGAUAUUUAAUGGUAUUUCGGAAGGACAUGGCCCAUCAUGGAAAAGCUGGGCAAAUAAAGCUAUGCAAAAGUUUCCAGAACUUCCAAUUAUAAAAAGAUGCCAUAGUUAUGACAUACAAACUAAAUUUACUUACAAAUGUGUAAAAUGUGGUUAUAGUUUUGGACGUCAUUCAAAAUCAUUAAAUUUGGAAAAAAAAAGAUGUGGACAUUGUUAUGGAGAAUUUGAAUUAAUCAAAAACCAAAUUAAUAAUAACCCAAUCCCUAAUAACAAUUUCCCAGUUGUUCACGAGGACCCAUUAAAAGAAUUAUAUAGUUUAAAUGAUGUACAACAAAAACCUAAACUCCCCAAAAAACUAUCAAAAUUUGCUAUAUUUGUGAAAGAAAAUUAUGGCAGAGUUAAAAGAGAAAAUCCUCUAUCAAAGCAUGGUGAAAUAAUGAAAUUACUUGGAUCCCAAUUCGCAACAACUAAAGUAUUGACUCCUGACGAAGUAUUUGAUAAAUUAUUUGAUAGUUAACAAUACUAUUAAACAUUUAAUUUGAUCACGAAGACUGUAAAAUAUAUUUUUACAUUAAUAUAAAUUUAAGUUGAAUUUUAGUGAUUUAUAUAACGAUAUAGUACUAGUAUUAUAUGCAUACUACAUAGGAAAUUAACUUAUGAUAAAAUAUUAUUAGUUAAUUUGUUGAACCGAAUACAUAUAAUUAAAAAAUAGUUUACUAAUGUGAAAGAACAUUGGUAUUCUAAUAGUAAUUUAAAAUGAUUAUAUUUAAUUUAAACUGAUAAGUGAUAACUAAUAUAAGAAAUUGAAAUGUGUAUAAACAAAAUAAUCCAAUAUUAAUUUAAAAUUAACUUUUUUAUACUAAUAACUAAUGUAAGAAAUUUAAAUAUGUGUAAACAAAAUAUGGCUUGGUUUCCACAAUAAAAUAGUUGUGAA